AUGGAAUCUGGGAAGCAAGGUAGGUUUGAUGAUCGUGAGGUAGCUGUGAAACGAGUAAUCGCAGAUAUUCGACUUGCUGAUCGAGAAGUAGAUCUGUUGCGCGAAAGUGAUGCUCAUCCAAAUGUCAUCAGAUAUUUUUGCAUGGAAUCAGAUAGCAAUUUCCGGUAUAUUGCACUGGAGCUGUGUGAUUAUUCAUUAUCUGAUUAUGUGGAAAAUGAGAAAGUCCGGGAAUACUGUCCCCUUUCUGAAAUGGAUAUUCUGCUUCAAGCAACUAAAGGACUAGCGUAUCUUCACGGCAUAAACAUUGGUGAGCUGAUUAUUUUGGUUACGCCACCAUUUCUUUAUAUAACAAAUUACUCACCGUCUAACGAUAAGCAUGCAGGGCGUGCAGUGAGCGGGAGAGAAAGCAAGUUUCACUGGGAGGAUGAGUUAUCCUCUUGUCAACAGUUCAUCGAUCAUCGCGCAGUAAAUGAGCGGUACCAACGAAAAAGAUGGUUUUCCGAACAGAUCUAUAAGUGGGUGCCUGUGCGUAGUAGACAUGCUGACCACGAAACUGCACCCAUACUGCAUAUCUGGCGUGCAACUAUGUUUCAUAGAUCCGUCAGGUGCAAUACGCUUGGUGCAUAA